GCCCUUUGGACUUGUAGCAUCGUCGGCUGUACUUUAUACAAGAAUCCAGGUGUGGGCAGUGAGUCAGGGCUUUCGGGAUCUCUCUUACCGGCCCAAGGAUCCAAGGCAAUCAGUGCAAAACCUGGCCAGCAGCCCGAGUGAGUAGGAGCCAUGUGACUCUGGUGAGUUGGAGUGUGCAGUUGCCUCCUGCUUCAGAGCUACCUGAUUCGAAUACUAAGCAGAGCUGAGUGCCUGGCUGAGUGGAAGACACCAAAGACACUGCAGAGCAAGGUGCUUUUUUCCAGAGGUGUUACAGAACAUGGAGAUUAAAGACCAGGGAGCCCAAAUGGAGCCGCUGCUGCCUACGAGAAAUGAUGAAGAAGCUGUUGUGGAUAGAGGUGGAACACGUUCUAUUCUCAAAACACAUUUUGAGAAAGAAGAUUUAGAAGGUCAUCGGACAUUAUUUAUUGGAGUUCAUGUGCCCCUGGGUGGAAGAAAAAGCCAUCGUCGUCACAGGCAUCGUGGUCAUAAGCACAGAAAGAGGGACAGAGAGAGAGAUUCGGGACUGGAGGAUGGAAGAGAGUCCCCUUCUUUUG